AUGCACAAGAAGCACGACCAGCAGCAGGCAGAAGGUCGAGAGGCCUCGCAUGGAAGUAAGAGGCCAUCUUUGAUAGCCAGGAAUGGUUUGCCUGUAACCUCUGACUCUGAGCGCUCCUGGUCUGACUCUGCAUGCUGCCAUGGCAUGCAAUUAGGGGGCGGUGCUUCUACAGUUCUACGGGCAAACCAUUCCUGGCUGCUGAGUGCCUCUUACGCUGUCCCAUGUCAGGCCUGCUCUUCUCUAGCUUUAUCUAGGGGCCAACAAAGACCCAAAUUAUAUACCGAGGCUCCACACUGCCUCGCUCUGCACGCCGUACCUCGUGGUGCCGCUGGGCCUCCUCGCUCUGCUGCUGGCGCUCAAGAGCCUCAGCUCCUCCCACGCCCGUUCCCAGGGCCUCGGCCUCGGCAUGCUCUGCACGCGGCGCGGGCACCGACGGCGGCGGCUACUACUCCAUUGUGUCGGACGCCGACGAGCAGAAGGCCUCCGCUGUCCCCGACGCCGCCGCGGCUGCCGGAGCUCGGCCUGCUCGUGGUUGUGCUGACCGUGCCGAGCCGUCGGGAGCGGCGGGACAUUGUAGACCAAAGACCUCCAUACCUGUUAGUCAAGGCAAUAGAUGAAUCAGAGUCAAUUGCAAUGUUCAGAAUAAUAGGCUCUUUGCAAGCCUUGAGUCUGGCUGCAAUGGAUGCAUAUUCAUUCAAAUGCAUAAAAGAGCAGAAGACCCUGUUUGCAGUGUUAUAUGAAGCAAGGUCAAACACAGGAAUUGAUAGAAUGAAAAUCAUAAAUGCAGUAGCGAAAUCUGUACCACAACCUCAUAAAGUUGACCUGAGCAACCCAGACAAGACUAUUGUUGUCCAGAUUGCAAAGUUAUACCUGCUGUGGUGA